CUCAUCCAUUCCCCUCCUCCCUCCCCCUUCCCGCCGCCGCCUCCUCCUCCUCCAAACCCCUACUCCCGCCGACCAAUCGAUCGAGCCAGUGCUCCGCUCUGGUGGUUGGCCGUAGUAUAGCCCGUGGGUUCCUCACCGUAGCAGAGAUCUGUGGCGGCGGAGCGGAUCGGGCCGGCACCAAACCCCUAAACCCACGCCCCCCGAUCCCCCGAUCCGCGACGAGGAGCGGGUGCGGUGGCCGGACCCGCGGAUCGCCGGAGCUCAGAGGGGGUGCCUGUCGCAGAUCUGCCGAUCCUGGCGCCGGACAUGAGCUCCUCGGUCGAGAAGGGGAACGGAUCGCUGGAUCCCGGCGAGCGCCCGGCCGCCGGCAGCCAGCCCAAGGCCUGCACCGCCUGCAACACCACCAAGACGCCGCUCUGGCGCGGCGGACCCUCCGGACCCAUGUCGCUGUGCAACGCGUGUGGGAUCCGGUACAGGAAGAAGCGGAGGGAGGCGAUGGGCCUCGAGGACCCCCCCAAGAAGAGGCAGCCGGCGGCCGCCGCGCCUGCGGCGGCAGCGGCGUGCUCGGAGGCCGGCGGCGAGAGCGCGGAUCCGGAGCAGCAGCAGCCUCAGCAGCCCAAGAAGAAGACGACGACGACCAAGAGGGGGCGCGAGGUGGAGCUCCGCGUUGUCGGGUUUGGCAAGGAGGUGGUGCUGAAGCAGCGGCGGCGGAUGCGGCGCAGGCCGCGGCUGGGCGAGGAGGAGAAGGCGGCCAUCCUCCUCAUGGCCCUCUCCUCCGGCGUCAUCUACGGCUGAUCCAGGCCGGCCCAGCCCCACCUAGCUAGCUAGCAGCAAGCGGAGAGAGGAGAAGAGAAGAGAAGAGAGAUGAGAGGAGAUCCAGAGUGUGAGUGAUUUGCUCGCUUGCUGCUUGUCUAGCAAGCAAGCAUGCAGGCAGAGAUGUUGCGGCGUCUCUGCCUGCUCCCCCUUGUUCUUUCCUGGUAGUUUUUCCGGCUGAUUAGUUCUUCAAUAAUGAAUGAAUGAACGAUGAUGCAGCUGCAGCAGCUGCUGCUGUUCUUCGUGCCAGCUUAGCGGCUUUGUUCUUUCUUGUUGCCUAGUAGCAGCUGUGAUGUUACCCAAGUAGUAGUAGUAGCGGUUAUCCUAGUAGUAGUAUCAGUGGUAGUGUGUAACAUUGCAGUGUAAGAAUUGAGAGAGCUUUAUGAAUGAUGAACCAUCUUUGUGGCUCCA